CUUCUAGUCACUCGGAGGAGCUGUCUUUCCUUCACAUCGUAACGAACAUCAGUCGAGGAUGAACCGAAACAGUGGAUUACUCUUGGCCCUCCUGUUCCUAGCCCUGUCCGCGGCCCGCGCGGAACUCGUCCCCUCGUGGCCCUGUUCUUACCCUGAUCCCAAUACUCCGACGAAUUGUACCGUUCACGAAGUAUACGUGGACCCAUGUAAAGAGGCCAUAGAGAAUAAACCAUGUAAAAUAAAGAGAGGAAUUAUUGGGAACAUGACCUUCCAUUACACGCCUAAUUUCACGGCGGAGAAACUGCAGGCUAGAAUCUAUUGGGCUAGUCAAAUGAUGGAUAUCCCGUUUUUGGGGAUGAAUCCCGAUGCUUGUUUGUCGACCCCGUGUCCAGUCAUAGCGGGACAAAGGAGCACUUAUCACGCGGAAAUAAACAUUUUGAAAAAGUAUCCUAUUAGAAUGUACGACAUUAAAUGGAAAAUCUGGAACGAGCUGGAACAAGAGUGCUGUUUCAUGUUCCAAAUUAAAAUAACAAAAUGAUAAUGGCCAUAUGUGAUUCAUCGUGCUCAAUUAAUUAUAAUUCCCGAUUCGAUAAGUUUAAUCGAAUAGACGGACCGUUUUAUCGCUAUAAGCAUUUCUAAUUUCAUUCGAAUUUAGUUUUAUCUAUAAAACCAUACAGAAUUGUGCUUACGUGUUAAAAAUUCCACGCGUCGAUACAGUUUUAAUUUUACAAAUUAAUAAAAAUAUUCGAUGGAAUACGUGCAUUUCGGAUUGAAAUAUUUAUUUAGCAGCUACGCAACAAACAGAAAUAAUAUUUUAUAAAUAUAACGGUUUCCUUGUGCCCAAUCUCUUCGAUCGACAAUAAAAGUUCUUAAACGGAUUUCCAAUAAUUUAAUA